UGUACUCAUCUACAAGACACAGCACUGGUAAUCUGGGCGUGAGAAUUCUGCAGCAGGUGGCGAUAGUGCUCCUCCCGUUGCAUUUCUUCUCCUAAUUAGCAAUUAGUAGAAGAAGAAGAAGAAGAAGAAGAAGAAGAAGAAGAAGACGAAGAAAUGAGGAAGAAGGUGUGUGAAGAAAAGAUCAGCCAUCUUCGUGAGGUCGAAAUCUGCAGUGCAGGGAUGCCAAGACAUUGCUCAGCAGGUGGUUGCAAAUCUCGGGACAACCGUGAAACUCGUAAUGCUGGUAUCACCUUUCACAAAUUACCAAAAGGAUCAAGUCGGAGGAGCCUUUGGAUCACCAACUCCCACCGUGCAGACUCCUGGGUUCCUCAGACUGACUUUGUCUACUUUUGUUCCAAACACUUCACCCCAGACAGCUUUGAGCUGACCGGAUGCAGUGGGAUCAGAAGACUAAAGGAAGAUGCAUUUCCUACAGUAUUUAAUUCCUCUUCGAGAAUCAAAUGCAAAAGAGCAGGAACACCGCAGAAUCAAGAAGACAUUUCUGUCAGGAAGAGUCCCUGCUCAGGCGACCAGCAGCACACUCAAAAGGAGACAGACCAGGGUCAGAAUUCAGAGGAACCCACAGUUCAGCGGUCAUUGGCAGUCUCUGAGGAGAUUCCUGAAUACAUACCUGAAUUUUCUCAAGAGUCGUCAGGGGUGGAGCAGCUCUUUCGGCAAGAACAUGCUCCUUCACCGUCACCAGAGUGUCGUCCCCUCUCCCCAUCACAUUACAUGAAGCGCCUGCCCCCUCCUCCAGGCUUCUACCUGUCAAAGGAGCACAGCUACGCUCAGCUCUGCCCCCUGUUGUGGAGGAGACGUUAUGACCAGGCUAUUGCCUGCCUGGAGAAGGCCUUACGACAGCUGCAUGCAGCUAGGCGGAGGGAAAACCGACUGCGUAGCACUGUGCUGAGGCUCCGUGAUAAACGGCUAAAGCACACUCUGCUUGUGUCACAAGAUGGUUGUAACAGCAAGGGGAGCUUGUCACAAGGGGGGGAGAAGAAACAAGGGAAAGAAGGUUCUAACCAAGAGGAGAGUGAGACUCAUGAUAAAACUGACAAUACAGAGUUUUUUAAGGACAGAUGUGUGGAUCACAUGGAGUUGGGGGGUCAUUCUCUUCCAGGCACCAACAGCUGUUCUAAGAAGGAGAAGGGAUACUGUCUUUAUUGUGGAAGAGAGCAGGUUCAGGUGGGUGGUCAGGUAGCACACAGUCUUUCAAAGUCUGACAAAGAUGUCCAGCCCACAGAGGAUGAGCACUCAGAGAAGAUUCAGAGAAGUGUUGAAAUCAGUAUUUAUGGCACAGCUGAAAAUACCAAAGACACAAAGCUAGUCAGGCCAGAAAGACCAUUUGAAAAAAAAGUACAAACCAGUAACUCAGAUGUUGCACAUUUCCAAAUCCUGCUCCAAACUCCACGUCUGCAACAUGUGAUCCCUACUGGAGUUUCUCUGCCUGAUAAUGAUGAGCAGAGUUUGCAGUUUUUAGGCUCAAAGCAGAAGCUGCUACUCUCUAACAUGUGUGAGGGGGAGUCUGAAGCUGUGGGUCAGGAGCAUCAACUGGACCUGCAGCAGCAGCUGUUUUGGAUACAGGACUGUCCUGAGGGACAGGUCAUUCUGGUGCCUGUCCCUGCUGAAGAUGGAUUAGAAAGCUUUCUCAAGAUGGAAGGGGUUGUUGAUGAAGCAAAAACCAUAUUGGUGUCGGGACUGGAUCUUAAAAGAGACUUGGAAUACAUGACAGAGAAUAGUGGAGCUCUUCCCAGAGUUGAAAAAGUCUGCGAAGAUGAACAUAGUGACCAGCAUUUUGUUAUCAACAAUACAUUAGUGGAAAGGAGAGAAGAUGUGAGGGAGAAACUUAAAGAACACCUAGAGGGAUUUCACCUUCAGCUGAGCACCGAAUUUAUAAACUGACAGGAUCUUCUGAAUGAACACAACACGUUCUUACGGAUUCAAUAACUGAAUGAUUCAUCUUUUCUGCCAACAGAGGCUAACAUGCUGAAUGUUGUGUAGACCUAAAUGUUUAUUUCAGAGGGUGCCUGGCCUCUGGAAUAUAUGACACCACUUAAGAAUCAACUAAGCAAGCAGUCAGAUAUUAUUAUGUUGUAGAGCGACAAACCUUUUUGAGAAGCUUUAAAGACAUAUUCAGCACUUAGUCACAUAGUAGAGAGAGUGUAAAUCACUGGAUAAAUGGGUAUUUUAACAUUUAACAUUUAUUUGUAUGAGCAGAGCUAAACCAACAGCUAAUGUCUCCUACUAAUACGUAUUGUGAUAUAUCCUAUUCCUCUGUGACAGUUUCAUUGUUGUCCAAAAAUAAAUAAAAACACAUCAGUGAGCCACACUA